GAUACAUCUAUAAAAUUCUGUAAUUUAUGUAGAAAAUGUAGUUGAUUAAUUACAUUUGCACUAUACGUGUAUAUUCCAAAAAAAAUAUUCUGGUACAUGUAGGCUUCCACAGGACUGGCAUGAUUUAAGGCCCUUGUGCAUAUAUCAUCAUGCACACAGGUAACCUUCAUCAUGGGAAGCCAAUACCAAUGCUUUAUUCCACACAGACUGAAACUUCAGAUCUGGUGAAAUAUUUAAAAACCAAAAUGCGAAUGAGUGGCCCUCUUACUGUAUCAGAUUACAUGAAGGCUAUCCUUACUCAUCCAGGCUCAGGAUAUUACAUGCAUCAUGAUGUGUUUGGUGUCAAAGGAGACUUCACCACUUCACCAGAAAUUAGCCAGAUGUUUGGCGAGUUACUGGGGGUGUGGUGCGUCAAUGAGUGGUUACAGAAUGGUGCUCCCAGCCGUGUGAAUGUCGUGGAGCUAGGGCCUGGCAGGGGUACACUGGCUGACGACAUGCUCAGGGUAUUUGCCCAGUUUAAGGACAUCCAGAAUGCUGUGUCUCUUCACCUAGUAGAAAUCAGCCCUAAACUCAGUGAAAUCCAGCAGGUGAAGCUGCAGGGUGGGGCUGUAGGACAAACAGAGGGCGUGUCUCACACAGCUAGCCAGGAGGGGCAUCACCAUCACUGUGUUAGUCGUUAUGGCACACACGUCUUCUGGUACAGGGAUCUGAAGGAAGUGCCCAAAGAAUUCUCAAUUUUUAUCGCACAUGAGUUCUUUGAUGCUCUUCCAGUACACAAAUUUCAAAAGAGUGAGAAUGGGUGGUGUGAGGUUUGUGUGGACAUAGACCAUAACGCCGAGUCAGAGAAACCUUUCAGAUUCAUCAUAUCAAGAGGUCCCACCAUAGCCUCCUCAACCAUUCUUGAGGUAGAUCCAACGGACAAGAGGGAUCAUAUAGAGGUGUGUCCAGAGGGAGGGGCAAUAGCUCAGGAGAUUGCCCAGAGGAUAGUAGGGCAGGGUGGGGCAGCACUGAUAGCAGACUAUGGACACCUGGGAGAGAAGACAGACACAUUCCGGGGAUUUAAAGAUCACAAAGUCCAUGAUGUCCUUGUUGAUCCAGGAACAGCUGAUCUAACUGCAGAUGUGGAUUUCUCUUACCUCAGAAAAGUUGUUGGAAAUCAAGUGAAAUGCCAUGGGCCUGUUACACAAGAGACAUUCCUCCAUAAUAUGGGCAUUGGGUUACGUCUACAGGUGCUCCUGGAGAGGGCUGACACAGCCCUGAGGAAGGAUCUGAUCACUGGCUACGACAUGUUAACAAACCCACACAAGAUGGGAGAGAGAUUCAAAUUCCUUGCCUUCACUCAGCAUAAGGAUCAGGAUUACAGUCCCGCUGGUUUCAUUAAACCUUCAUAGAAAACGCACUACAUGUUUACACUGACCAGCUAAGUGACUGGACUGAUAACUCUGAAGUCUCUAAGCCAAAGCACAGCCUGAAAGUCAGCAGAUUGUCAGUGACAGGGGCAACAAAAGAUACAUGUCUUCUUACAUCUUACAUGUACCUGUCAAUCUUUGACUGGGCUAGAGCAACUUCAUUCAGAUUCAGGUGUAUUCUGCUCCAGUUAAAGAGUUUUUUAAUAGACUAUAAAGCAUGAGAGUUUGAGGUAAAGCAUGGCAAGACUAAGACAUAAAGUAAAGCUUGCACAGUUGUACAAAGCUGGGAAAAUACUUUCCAAGUGAACACAGUGAUAUGAAAAUCAUAAUAACAUUUGCAGUUUAAUGCUUCAUUAUGGAUGUUUUUGAAAAGUUGCAGAAUGGCAGUUGCUUUACUUCACUAUUCUACUACCUGAAUGACAUGGAAUCUGUAGUGAAAUGUUUUCCAUUUUGUAAGAUUGUUUAUAAAGUUUUAUUAUUAGCAA